AUGGUAGUUUGGGAUUCGAUGUCAUUGAAGGAGACGCUCGCGCUGUUUCGUCCAUUUUUGACGCCCCGUUUUUCCGAGAAAAACUCUCGGUCCAUUUUCCCUCGCUUUCCCUCACUUUCUCGCCCGAGGCACGCCCGCCUCGUUUUCUCUCCAUCCGAGCAUGAACUUGGCGUCUUCCCCUCCUCCCUGCGCUCCCUUCUCCUCCGCUUCCCGCCGGCUCGGCCUCCCGGUCCUCGCUGGAGACGGGCACGGCCGCCGGCCGGAAGAGAGAUCAUCGGAUCCAGGCUCGCUGCGACGAGCGCUCUCGGCCUCGACUGCGACGUCUCCGGAUCCGCUCAUCAUUCGAGGCCGCUCCCCGGCGCCACUCCCGACCGGCUGCGGCGCCUGGCCUCUGAGUUCCAGUCCUUGGCGGAGCCCAUCGACAGGGUGAAGCGGCUCCUGCACUACGCGGCGAUCCUACCGCCCUUCGACGAGUCGGCCCGGCACGACGCGAACCGCGUCGCGGGCUGCGCGACCCGGGUGUGGCUCGAGGUCGGGACGUACGGGGAGCCCUCCGGCGGCGGCGGCGGCGGCGGGGACGGGGGGAGGAGGAGGAUGAGGUUCAGGGCGGACAGCGACUCGGAGAUCUCCAAGGGGUUCUGCUCGUGCCUGAUCUGGGCGCUGGACGAGGCGGAGCCGGAGGAGGUGAUCGCCGUGAGGGCGGAGGACCUGGCGGCGGUCAACGUGGGCCUCGUGGCGCACUCGAGGGCCAACACGUGGCAGAACGUGCUGACGAGUAUGCAGAGGCGGACCGAAGCCCUGCUCAAGGAGAGAUCGGCGGAGCCUGACCAUCGGUGUAAUAGCUCCUAUGAUACCAGAUGUCCAUGCCAACAAGAAGCUUGAGCCUCACGAGGCGUUAGAUACGAUAUGUGUUAUAUGUGCCUGGCUCGACUCGACUGUUAUACAUAGCUCGAGACUCAGCCCAUGUUGAGUCCGGUCCUAGAAGGGAGGAACUUGUACCAAUAUCUCAAUCUCAAUUCGAACAAGCGUUCGAUUGGAUGAAAUCAAAAGAGUUUGACCAGAUUACUCUU